UACGACUUGACUGUUCUCAAUACGAUGAGGGGGCCAAGUACCAACACCUUCAUCGCGGCAGCUCUGCUAUGUGCGUCCGCAAUCCAAGGGGCGCGGGUCUGCCGCGUUGCUACGACCCCACCACAACCCACGGCACAGCGCACGCCAGUGCCUACCACGUCCCAACUCUACGUACCGGUUCCCACGUCAGGCGCCAUCGAAACAUUGUUGCCCGUAACCAACUACACCACAACGUCUGUGCCGACAACUAAGGUUCCCACGAAUGCUACUGUCAGUACACUACCAGAAAAUACCACCACCGCUCCCGCUUCAUCGACAGUACCGACUACGACCACCGUGGCUUCAGUCACAACGUCAUCGCCAGUUGCCCAUCGCCAGCUUGCCGUUGAUGAUGCCUUGCCCUCCACGACCCCUGUCAAAUCGACGUUGGCUCCUACUACCACCAAAGCCACUUCACCUGUUCCAACCAUUACAACUUCGUCGUUGCCUCCUCCACCCACCCAGCCAACCACGUCGACAACCACCAUCUCCCCCGUGACCACGACUGCCUCGCCACCCGCGACCUCCAUUUCGACCACACAUUCCCCUACCCCCACGACCAACUCGUCGUCGACGUCCAUCAUCACGCAGCCCCCACCGGCGCGGACUACCACCGACAUGGUGUGCGACGAGCAAUUCUACUCCAAGUGGCACACCCACAACAUCACGUGCAACGGCAGUCCGUUGGACAUUAACCUCGCCGUGGACGCGGCGUCGUGCGUGGCGUACACGGACAUCUCGACUUGCCGCGCUCUCUGCGCAUUUCCGUCUUGCGACGGCACCAACGGGUGGACGUUCUCGACAGUUGCCAACAUCCCGACCUCCACCACCAACAGUAUCAUCACCACAUCGCCAACGCCCCCUGCCUUCCUCUCGGCCGUGUACGCCACCGUCGACGUGUCGCUGUUGGUUCCCCUCUCUGGGGCAUCUUUCCGCCCCGCGGCGUUUGCAAACGGCUCUUGUUCCAACGCGUACCCCGUCAACAACUUCUUGGCGCAGGACUGCUCGUGUGCUGCGCUUCCAGUCUCCAAUAGUUCGUGGCUGCCAACAGAGACUAAUGGCACGACUACUACUACCACCACCAAUGACAAUGGCACCACAACCACCACCGCCACCACAUACAUGCCAAAUCGAACUUCCGACCGUCCGUCGUUCAACGACAAGCACACCCCGGGGCACUUCGACCCGUCGACUCCGCUGCCCCGGAUGGCGCAGAUCUCGCAGUCCACCGCCACCGCGUCGGUCGCCGUCACGGCGGUCGCGGUCGUGUCGAGUACGGUUCUGGGUGCCACGUCAUCGGGUGCGGUGGCCGCGUCGUCCGCCGUAGCCGCGUCGUCGACGAUCCUUGUGACUCUAGACAUUGUCCAGUUUGGGUCGUUGCUGAACCAACUGCCGCUGCGUGAAAAGUCGGCGGCGCUCGCGAGUCUCGGGUCGUCCAUGAAGUACGCCGUGUUCAACUUUGUCGAAGUUGGCCCAGGACCUCCUCCAUCCUCGAGCUACCGUCGGGCGUUGGCGGACGAAACGUGCGCCGAUGGCAUCUGCGACUAUGCGGUCACACUUGGCAUUUCCAAAUUCAACUUGUUUGUGACAACGUUGGUGGGGAUCGUAGUGGUCGGCGCCGCCAUGUGUGUCAUGUACGGGCUGGCGGCGGGGGUGGCCACCAUCGUGGCCCCCGCCAAGGGCUACGCCGCCGACUGGUUCCAUCACCUCGUGGGGGCCAUGGUCGUGCUGGGGUUGGCGUCGCAGUAUGCGAUCGGGGUCACCGCCACCUACCAAGUGUACCUCAGCAUCACCACCAACACGUACAUGUACUCGUUCUACUUAGCGCUAGCGUCGCUGCUCUUCCUCGCCGUGGGGAUCCUCGUGUUUGGCAUUUACAUUGUCCGCAAACACGAAGCCGAGUUGGUCGACGUUGACGACAUCGUCGCACACACCAAGAAACCAGUUGCGAGGCGGUAUGGCGCGCUCUACGACGAGUACACGUUUGAGAAUCGGUUCUUCUUUGCACCCAAGAUGCUUCUGGCGUUGCUCUGUGGCAUGACAACGGGGGCCGCGUUCCUUAGCCAUGCCGCCCAAGUCGUGCUGGUCCUGGGGUUUCACAUCUUGUUUCUCGUGCAUUUGGAGCGCUGCCAGCCAUUCCAGACCCCGUUCAUGCAGCACUCGAUGGCGGGGCUCACAGUAUUGAAGAUCCUCACGCUGGUGCUGUCCAUCUUCUUGGUGUCCACCGUGGCGGGGCUAUCGUCGUCGUUCCACGACGGCGUGUCUGCCGUGAUUGUGGCCAUUCAAGUGCUCGUGCUCGUGGGACUUAUGGGUCGCCAAGUGGUGCUGCUGUAUCAAAAGUAUAAAGCCGUGCAAGUGUUGAAGGCAACGGAAACGCAACAACUGCACAAGUCGGCUCUGCAGCCCCUCAACUCGGAGCAAGUGCACCACAUGCGAUUGGGCCGGCUGUAGGGUAGACACAUACACUCGACUUGGCUGCCACAAUUACCAAGUCGCGUACACUAACUCGUCAAGACCUUGUAUCUCGGGGGUCGGAUAUUAAUGCGUGAUACAUGCAGUAUUGUGCUUUUCAGUCAAAUUUGCCUAUUUUGGGGGAUUGAUGAAA